CGCUCUUAUUUGUUAUUGGAGGCUGAGCGCUGAGCGACGCCAACAUUUAAACAGAAGCGAUGCUAGCUACUUCAAGUCAUCAUCAACGCCGAAUCUCUCCUCGAGGGCAGAUGCUCCACUCAUCCGAGUCCGUUAUGUCAAAAGCUCAGGCCACCUACACGCCACCUUCGGUGAUGUAUCUCCUCCGGCUCGUAAAGACAAAUGAUGACUAGUCUUCUUACAGGCAGACUCGAUGCAGAUUUCACACUCGUCAACGGGCGCAGGUCGCCGGUUCAUUGCUCCUCACUUGACAACGACGACCCUACCAGCGGUCAGGAUGGAGGAGUUGACAUUCGAGUACUUGUACCAUCCACAACAAACGCCAGGGACCACUAUACCACGAACAGGACAACAGUGGUUCCGCAAGUUGGAAGACCUGCACAUUUAAACGGCCGGCGGAGUGACGGACUGGUGGGGGUGGCGCCUCCGUUAGGGCGUUUAGUGCUUGCUUUCCGUGCACCAUCGAUUAGCGGAUUGCAGACACACUUCAACUCGCCCCUAGACGUCUAUGUCUCAUAUAGGGAGAAAUACAAAACUGAUGGAACGGCCAAGGAGGCGCUUGCCGCAAUCUCUUUGUUGUUCAUUGACUGCUAUGACAAAUGUAAAUCCAGUAUAACGCUUCACCAUGCACCACAGACGAGCCAUUAUAACAUGCCUUUCCAACGUUCUUCGAUCUCAUAUCCCUGCAGCCAUUGCCGAACCGACUCAGACCUGACAGAAAUCUACUGUAACGUGAGUCGCCGAGCAUGCAAUCUAAUUGAUAUGGAUGAGCGUCACCUAUAAAUGACUGGUUUACGGAUCCUUUCCCAGACUCGAAUGAAACACUACAGGAUGGACAAUUUAGAUUCAACCACACAUUGACGUCAAGAGAUACCUGGUUGUAUGUGCUGUCCAAUGACUUUUACCGCUGCUAGCAUACCCACCACCCGAUAUAACCUUGAACACUGUAAACUCCUUCCACGGCCCUUUCAUUAGCCCAACCUAGGACCAAUAUAGGCUUUGGCAAGUUAAAGAAUGGAUAUCUCUAAAUCCGCAAGCGUUCACUAUCAUUAUCAGGCUGAAACUUGAGGCAGCUGAAUAGAGCGCACAGCCGAACGGCAGAAUGCAGUCUUUGUACAAAG